AGCCACAUCUACUGCUGGACUGAGGUGAGCACGUAUCAACACAUCCAUCCUGAUACACAUGAUAUUACACAAACUGUCAAGCAUAUAGACACAUCUUAAGUGUGAAGUACGCCUCUGACCACUGACUGAGUCCUAGCUCAUAUGGGUGGACUACAUCAGCCACCAGCUUCUAAAGAAAGAACCCAGCAGUUUCUAAAGAAAGAACCCAGCAGCUUAACAACAUCUCUAAAGCUCAAUGGAAAAUGUGGCUUCAUACUGCUACCAGCAUCUUCAUUCUCUGUGCUCUCCUGUGUUCGGCACAAGAUGUGGAGAAAGUGAUUCCAAAGCUGUCUCUCAAUCCCCCUGAUGGUCAGCUCUACUCUGGGGAGAAGGUCACUUUCCUCUGUAGUGCGCAGGGAACCAAUUCCUCUGGCUGGACCUAUGUGUGGUUCAAAGACUCCCAGGAAAAACAACUGAAGGCAGAUGACGCCAAUCAAACCAGUUAUCACCUCAAAUCUGCUGGUCUUCAAGACUCUGGAACAUACUGGUGCAGGGCCACAGAAGUAGACCGGCGUUCCGAUAUCAGCAACAGUGUCUCAAUAACUGUCACGGAGCCUCCUGACCCGUCCCUGAGUGUCCAGUCAGGCUGGUUGGAUGUGUUUCCCUCUGAGACUGUGAUUCUGAGCUGCAGUCUUCCGGACAAGUCUGCAGCCUGGUUGUAUAGAUGGUCCAGAGAUGGACAUGACCUUACUGAAGAAGGCGCUACUCUCUCCAUCUCCUCUGCUACACAGACAGACUCUGGAACAUACCGCUGCAGCACCACUCUCGCUUCUAGACCUGCUUCCACCAAACACAGCAACACACACACUCUCACAGUCUCCUCUAACUCUCCCAUAGCGUCCCUGCUCCAGGCUCCAGGGUUUGAGGUGAUGUACACUGGUGAGAAAGUGUCCUUCAGCUGUAGUGUGAAACAGUCCUCUGGCUGGCAGUAUGUGUGGUCCAAAGACUCACAGAAAACACAGCUGACCAACAAUGACUCCAAUCAGACCAGUUACACCAUCAGCUCUGCUGGUCUUCAAGACUCUGGAACAUACUGGUGCAGGGCCACAAGAGGCAAGACACCAUUUUACACUCAAUUCAGCCAAGCUGUUAAGAUGGAGGUCAGAGAGCCUCCUGUCCCGUCCCUGAGUGUCCAGUCAGGCUGGUUGGAUGUGUUUCCCUCUGAGACUGUGAUUCUGAGCUGCAGUCUUCCGGACAAGUCUGCAGCCUGGUUGUAUAGAUGGUCCAGAGAUGGACAUGACCUUACUGAAGAGGGCGCUACUCUCUCCAUCUCCUCUGCUACACAGACAGACUCUGGAACAUACCGCUGCAGCACCACUCUCGCUUCUAGACCUGCUUCCACCAAACACAGCAACACACACACUCUCACAGUCUCCUCUAACUCUCCCAUAGCGUCCCUGCUCCAGGCUCCAGGGUUUGAGGUGAUGUACACUGGUGAGAAAGUGUCCUUCAGCUGUAGUGUGAAACAGUCCUCUGGCUGGCAGUAUGUGUGGUCCAAAGACUCACAGAAAACACAGCUGACCAACAAUGACUCCAAUCAGACCAGUUACACCAUCAGCUCUGCUGGUCUUCAAGACUCUGGAACAUACUGGUGCAGGGCCACAAGAGGCAAGACACCAUUUUACACUCAAUUCAGCCAAGCUGUUAAGAUGGAGGUCAGAGAGCCUCCUGUCCCGUCCCUGAGUGUCCAGUCAGGCUGGUUGGAUGUGUUUCCCUCUGAGACUGUGAUUCUGAGCUGCAGUCUUCCGGACAAGUCUGCAGCCUGGUUGUAUAGAUGGUCCAGAGAUGGACAUGACCUUACUGAAGAGGGCGCUACUCUCUCCAUCUCCUCUGCUACACAGACAGACUCUGGAACAUACCGCUGCAGCACCACUCUCGCUUCUAGACCUGCUUCCACCAAACACAGCAACACACACACUCUCACAGUCUCCCCUAACUCUCCCAUAGCGUCCCUGCUCCAGGCUCCAGGGUUUGAGGUGAUGUACACUGGUGAGAAAGUGUCCUUCAGCUGUAGUGUGAAACAGUCCUCUGGCUGGCAGUAUGUGUGGUCCAAAGACUCACAGAAAACACAGCUGACCAACAAUGACUCCAAUCAGACCAGUUACACCAUCAGCUCUGCUGGUCUUCAAGACUCUGGAACAUACUGGUGCAGGGCCACAAGAGGCAAGACACCAUUUUACACUCAAUUCAGCCAAGCUGUUAAGAUGGAGGUCAGAGAGCCUCCUGUCCCGUCCCUGAGUGUCCAGUCAGGCUGGUUGGAUGUGUUUCCCUCUGAGACUGUGAUUCUGAGCUGCAGUCUUCCGGACAAGUCUGCAGCCUGGUUGUAUAGAUGGUCCAGAGAUGGACAUGACCUUACUGAAGAGGGCGCUACUCUCUCCAUCUCCUCUGCUACACAGACAGACUCUGGAACAUACCGCUGCAGCACCACUCUCGCUUCUAGACCUGCUUCCACCAAACACAGCAACACACACACUCUCACAGUCUCCCCUAACUCUCCCAUAGCGUCCCUGCUCCAGGCUCCAGGGUUUGAGGUGAUGUACACUGGUGAGAAAGUGUCCUUCAGCUGUAGUGUGAAACAGUCCUCUGGCUGGCAGUAUGUGUGGUCCAAAGACUCACAGAAAACACAGCUGACCAACAAUGACUCCAAUCAGACCAGUUACACCAUCAGCUCUGCUGGUCUUCAAGACUCUGGAACAUACUGGUGCAGGGCCACAAGAGGCAAGACACCAUUUUACACUCAAUUCAGCCAAGCUGUUAAGAUGGAGGUCAGAGAGCCUCCUGUCCCGUCCCUGAGUGUCCAGUCAGGCUGGUUGGAUGUGUUUCCCUCUGAGACUGUGAUUCUGAGCUGCAGUCUUCCGGACAAGUCUGCAGCCUGGUUGUAUAGAUGGUCCAGAAAUGGACACAACCUUACUGAAGAGGGCGCUACUCUCUCCAUCUCCUCUGCUACACAGACAGACUCUGGAACAUACCGCUGCAGCACCACUCUCGCUUCUAGACCUGCUUCCACCAAACACAGCAACACACACACUCUCACAGUCUCCUCUAACUCUCCCAUAGCGUCCCUGCUCCAGGCUCCAGGGUUUGAGGUGAUGUACACUGGUGAGAGUGUGUCCUUCAGCUGUAGUGUGAAUCAGUCCUCUGGCUGGCAGUAUGUAUGGUCCAAAGACUCACAGAAAACACAGCUGACCAACAAUGACUCCAAUCAGACCAGUUACACCAUCAGCUCUGCCGGUCUUCAAGACUCUGGAACCUACUGGUGCAGGGCCACAAGAGGCAAGACACCAUUUUACACUCAAUUCAGCCAAGCUGUUAAGAUGGAGGUCAGAGUUCGUCCAUGGGCGGAGAUUACCCUGGAAACAGGAUGGGCCGAAGUGUUUUCAACUGAUAGUCUGGCACUGAAGUGUGAUGUGUUGGGUAGCCAUGGUAACUGGACCUGGAACUAUACAUGGUACCGAGAGGAAGAGCAGCCAUUUCUGGCUCUCCCUGGAGGCCAAGAGAGGUAUUUGGUAACCCCUACUAAUAACCCCACCCAGAAUGCCUUCAGAUGCCAGGGAAACCGUAUGGAGCGACCAUAUUACUCCACUCGCAGUGAGCCACUCAAGACAAAGAACCUAGUUCUGAAGAGGAAGGUUCUUCUUUCCAUCUCUGGCUGUCUGUUCUUUGGCAUCAUCGUCAUUUUUUUGGGAUGCAUCUUCCUCCAAUUCACCAAGAAACCAGUGGAUCAGAGCAAAGCCUCUCAGCCUGACCUCUUCCUUUCCAUGGCUCAGCUGAAGUCACACACACCCUCUCCACUAGCGGACUACGUGACAGAGCCAGACAACAGUUUUCACAAUAAAGAUCCUGAUGAGGACGGCGGCGCUGGAGGAAGUGGUACAGACAUAUGCACUGAGCUGACUCCUCUUCCUAUAAGCCGCCAGGAUGACCAAGACAUUCUCUCUGAGAAGCCUGACAUGGAGAGGAAUGGAGGGAUGGUUUCGUUCAGCUCAUAGGACCAAUAACAAUAUUGAUAAUUAUUGAUCUCUAAUUGAUCAGGAUGAGCUCAGAGCACCGAGGAAACAGAGUUUUGCUGCAUAUUUUCUUUAAUUCAAAAUUGCAUUAUAUUUUUUAAUCUAAGCAUUGUAUUCAGACACGUAAUUCUAAAAGUUUGUCUUGAAUACUCAGACAUAUUGUGAUGAGUGUGACACAGAGUGAAUUGCAUUGGGAUAAAGGGUUAGAGAAGGGAACGUCCCAGUGCUGCUUGGUAGGUGUUGUAGUCAAUGGAAACAAGGGGAGGGCGUAGAUGAUGGGGGUGGGGAAUGUUAAUACACAUACGAUACACAGAUAACAUGUAGCAUGUUAUCUGAUAACAUGUGAUCUGAUAAUGUGACCUUAAAUCACAUGUUGCUUAGAUUACAUGUUGUCCGAUCAGAUGCUAUCAGACCAGAUGCAUUUGAUCUGAUACAAUCUGACCUGAUAACAUAUGGUCUGUAAAUACCUGGUCUGAUACAUGUGAUCUGAUAAUAUGCCAUCCAGAGAUUUUUACUGCUGUAAUUUGCUGUGUUGUAAACAAGGCAAGCUCUAAUUAGAAUGUUAUAAUUGACUUACUGUAAGAUCUGUAAGUCCCUUUGUAUAAAAGCGUCUACUAUGUAAAAUGUAAUGUAAGGGUUAGAGGUCACAAUGCUGUAAAUAAUGUUGUAGUUCUCAGGGUGAACCCCAGAUGGCAAAAUAAUACUUCUCUACACUUGGUGUAGUUUUGUGUGGUGGUGUAAAACUUCAGAGUGUAGAUGGAUGAGGAUAUAUGGGUGCUGGAUGCAAAUCACAGUGUAGUUCAGGUGUUAGGUGAAUCUCACCAAGCUGGAGAGGAUCUUCAAGGAAGAAUGGGAGAAACUGCACAAAUCCAGUGUGUAAAGCCGGUAGAGUCAAACCCAAGAAGAUUAGAAGCUGUGAUCACUGCCAAAGGCGCUUCGACAAAGUCCUAAAUAAAGGGUCUGAAUACUUGUGAGCAUGAGAUAU